AUCAAGUGAAUGUUCCAAAGUCAAGUAGAAAAGAGAUAGUGCCACAUUGUUUUGAUUGUGAAAUUUCGGCAAAUGUUAUAUUGUCAUUUAUGUUGAUGCGUUCGUAGACGUAAACGACAGGUUAUAUAAGUUGAUUUGUGUGUACGACAAUUUAUAGACAAAAGUUAGAAGGACCAGGGUAAGAAUAUACUUUUGUGAAGUUCUACAUCCAUCAAAAUGGCUAAAACAGCAAAACGUUCCGCAAAGAAGAAGAAGAAGGAAGGAUUUGUCAAGUCAACAAAUUCCAUGAAUCCUGACCGGCCUAUUGACAAGGUUAAAUUGAAAGGUGCUCCCUAUGCCCGAGACAAAACUACUAUCAAGCGCCUUCAGAUGUAUCGCACUGGGAAGGCAAAAAGGAAUAGACAAGGAAAAAUAGUUAAGGCAGCAAUUUUCCAGAACAGUGUCGCUCCAGGAACCCGUGCUCGUGUUGCUCCAAAUCAGCGGUGGUUUGGUAACACUAAAGUCAUUGGGCAAAAGGCAUUGCAAACCUUUCAAGAAGAAAUGGGUAAAGUUAUGAAGGAUCCGUAUCAGGUUGUGAUGCGCAAGACAAAUCUACCCAUAUCACUGUUAAAUGAAAAGGCUAAGAAUGCUCGUGUCCACAUUCUUGAUUCUGAGCCCUUUGACAGUGUAUUUGGGAAAAAAAAGACAAGAAAGAAACCCAAUUUGAAGGUAGAAGAUUUUGCUCAUUUUGCCAAAAAAGUUGAAGAAGCAGCAGAAAAAUAUGAUGCAGAGAAAGAUGCAGAUCUUGUUCGACCGGCGCCAGACACACAAGAUUUACCACCUCAGUGGUUUCUCAAGGCUGGUCAAAGUAAACGCAUCUGGAACGAGCUGUAUAAAGUGAUAGAUUCAUCUGAUGUUGUUAUUCAAGUAUUAGAUGCUAGAGAUCCCUUAGGCACGCGUUCUAAAUUGGUGGAGAAAUAUUUACGAACUGAAGCACCUCACAAACAUCUUGUGUUUGUUUUGAAUAAGGUUGAUUUGGUUCCUGUGUGGGUGACUCAGAAAUGGGUUGCAAUUUUGAGUUCUGAAUACCCAACUUUGGCAUUCCAUUCUUCUAUCACAAAUCCAUAUGGCAAAGGAGCAUUGAUCAACCUGCUUCGACAGUUUGGCAAAUUGCAUAGUGACAAGAAACAAAUAAGUGUUGGAUUGAUUGGUUAUCCUAAUGUUGGAAAGAGCUCUAUCAUAAAUACCCUUAAGAAGAAAAAGGUUUGUAAUACAGCUCCUCUAGCUGGUGAGACUAAAGUUUGGCAGUAUGUUGCUCUGAUGCGCAAAAUAUACCUUGUGGAUUGCCCCGGAAUUGUUCCUCCUUCUCACGAAACAGAUUCUGAUAUGGUGCUGAAAGGAGCAGUUCGAACUGAAUACCUGAAAGUUCCAACUGACUAUAUAGGUCAGGUAUUGGAGAGAGUGAAGAGAGAAUAUAUUGUUAAAACCUAUCAGGUUGACAACUGGGACACUCCAGAGAGCUUUUUAGAAUCGCUCGGUAGACGAACUGGAAAGCUUCUUAAGGGGGGAGAACCUGACUGUAAUGCCGUGGCCAAGAUGGUCCUUAAUGAUUGGCAGCGAGGUAAGAUUCCUUACUUUGUCCCUCCUCCUGGACAUGACUCAUCACAGUUUGAAAAAAUGAAAACUGCGGAAAACUUGGAGAUGGCAGCAAAAAUAAGGGAGAAGGAAGAGGAGGAGGAAGAUGCACUUAAACCUGAGUAUGAUAUUGACACUCCAGCUGUGAUUCAGAACCUGAGGAAGAUUGCUCAAAGUUUAGAAUACUCAGGUGAUGAUGUCAGACCUCUUGAAGACACAGACAAAAUGCCUGAUGAUUGUGAGGAGGAAAUUUUAAGUGAUGAAGACAAAGAAAAUGAUGCUGAUGACUUAGAUGAAAACGACAAAAUUGCUGAGCAUGAAAAAGAAAGCAAAGAAAAUGGUGAGGUGAAAGAGGAAACUGAUGAUAUUGUAGACAGUGAAAAAGCAGAAAGUCAAGCUAAUAAUGACGACAAAAGUCAGAAUGAUAAAACGGUAAAUGAUGAGAAACAAACCCCUGAAUCUGCUGGUACUGUAGAUUCUGUGGAUGCCGAAGCUGACGACGAUGAGAUUAUUGGUGAGGAUGAGUUAUCAAGUGAUGAGGAAAUAACAACAGCAGCAGGCUCCUUCAAAGUUACAAGUUUAAGGAAAGUGAGGAGAAAAAGAAAGAUUCGUCCCGGAGAUGAGGAAUACUUACAGAUUGUAACUUCAACAGCAAAAGAAAGAAGGAGAGAAGAGAGAAGUCACAAGAGGGUUAAGACAGGUAGCAAUUUCUAUGAAGUUACUAAUGUUAAAAAUAAAAAUCGAAAUAAAAUAAAUCCAGUUGUUCAUGCAGGUUCAAGACCAAAGAAGCAUACUAAGAAGAAGAAAUAAGGUGAGAUGUCUAUUUAUUUUUAAAUAAUCUUCAUAUUCAUGGUUCAAGCUCUUUUAUGGAAUGGCAUAGAUUUUGCUCGAGUUGUUUUUCAGAUUCUGCUGUAAAAAUAAAUUGUUAUAAGUUUA